AUGUCCGACACAUUUGAGAUCAGGAAAUUGCUUUUUGAAAAAACACUGAUACCGAGGAUGGAGGAACCGCCAAAUCCUGAUACAUUCCUCGGGAAAUUCAGUGAAAAUGAAUUCCUACGGAGCUUUCAUCUUGAUAAAGUUCGAAGUAAGGAGCUCCAGGAGAUGUUGGAAAUAGCAGCGGCUCGCACGAAGAUAAGAGAUGUGAAAAAUGUAGAAAAGUAUCGAACAGCUCACGAAUGCUACCUCACUCCUCCCCAGGGUUUCUACUUCGAAAAAAUGAAGGAUUACGCAGAGAGACUUCCAAUUGUCGGGCUCAUCCCAAGCUGGGAACGCGAGAUAAAGAGUCUCAUUCCGUUGAGAUUGAGAAAAAAAUUCACCAAUUCAUACAACCGCCAUAUGGAUGAAGCCAAAUGCCUUUAUAUGGAGAUAAUGCACGAAAUGGGGAUGAAAUGUGUUAUAUCAAUCGGAUUUAAUUGGCGAGAUGCUGAGGAGUUGCCCUUCAAGUUCGAUGGUCGUACAUCCCGUCGGCCCAGAUUCAUCCAGAAUCGAAUUAAUCUCGCCACAAAAUAUCUGAGCCCUCAGAGUUUGAUGAGGAAUAUUUUUGCUAAAUCACAUACACUCAUGCCUGAGUUUAUCUGCGACUUCAGGAAUUAUCGGAAGAAUGGAUUUAUCGAAGCAACUAAAUUCUUCAAAAUAGUUGAACAAGAUAUUCGAAAAGGGGAGAUAGUUGUGACAAAUGCUUACUAUGCGUACAUAGUGAAACUCGUAACUACCAAGAGAUAUCUGAAUGACGUUCCCAGUGAUUUACUGGGCCCAUUUCUUGAAGCUGCUACCAAAUUACUUGCCUAUCAGGUUACUAGGAAAGUCAUCAAGAGCAUUAAUCACUUUCUGGCUGUCUUGAGUGACCCGUCUCUCUGUCCUUUGUUAAAGCUGGAUCUCCAAUGUGAGAACAACGAGAUGUUCAUAUUCCCACGUACUAUCGAUUUUUCCUCGAGUUUUCACGCACUAUUGGACAGAUUAGGAAUCGUUGGGCUAUCAUUGCCCCCAUUGGAGUCUUGGCUCGAUAUAAAAACCGAGAGCGGAUUCAUCCCCGCGGUUUUGCCCGAGUGGUUCAUGCAAACCUCCCACGAAAAAUUGGCAGGAAUACUGCAGAUAUUAUUGGAACCCAUUAAUGCCUACGUCGACGCUUUACAUAACAAAUUCGGCGUCGUUUACAGUCCAGCGACUCCCGAAGAAAUUGCAAUCUUUAUUGCUGGAGAACACAGUUUCCAGGACUGUUUGGAUAAAGUUGAGGAGUUCAAUCGGUUCAUUCGAGACAUUAAUAGCCUAACAGAAAACGAAUAUUUCCCGUUAGGAAAAUUAUUUUUAGAACCAGCAAAGGUUGGACUAAAGCAAUAUACCCGAGAAAUACUUCAACACGUAAUCCAAGAAUUAGUGAAAAGACACUGCAACUUUAAUUUGCAAAUCUGCUCGAUGUUCGAGGCACUGAAAAAAAAAGCCCUCGACGUUCCCCCGGAGACGAAGGAGUUCCUCGAACUGGGUGAAUACAUGCUGUAUGCGACGACUACCCUUAUAACGGAAUUGCGAGAACAGAUAAAUCUCUCUCUGUAUAUGAUGGCGACUUUGCUCGAGAUGACGUCGCUCGAUCAGGAUCACAUUGAGUUAAACAAUGACACCGUGAACUGGAUGGACCGAAUAAAGCCAGUGUUCGAGCAAAACAGUUCAACGUUCGAACAGAAGAAAUUCGAAUUGGAGGAGAGAUUGCAGGGAAGAAUUGCCGCACUAAAUGCUCAGGUUGAAGCGAUGUUUCCUAGACUAACAAUUCUCGAUGACAUGGACGACGCCACCCGAAUCCGUUCCUACAUUGAAUACAUGAGGAGUAUGGUUCGCAAUUUCGAUCGUAUGGACGCCGAGGUGCAGUGGAUAAACUGCGAAGAAGCCCUCUUCAAGUUCCCCCGAACGGUCUACCCUCGUAUAAAAGAGCUGAAAGACAUUAUCCUCCCUUACUACACUCUAAUAUAUCGAGCACUCCAGUGGCAAAGAGACCUCGGGGUCUGGUUAGACGGUCCCUUCGAGUACCUCGACGCAAAUUCAAUAGAGAGCCGAACAACAGAUUACUUCACUGAUUUCAAUAAGCAGUCAAAAGCAUACAGGACAAAAAUAAAAAUGCAAAUAGCGAUGGGCUAUCCUUACACAUUCGCCGGAGCAGUUGAUGAUCCAGAUCCUUUUCAAUAUCCCGCACCAAUGAAGCUCUGUCACCAGUUGAUAGAGAAGAUCAAGUGGUUCAAACAAUAUGUACCUCAGGCUCUCUGCUUUUGCAAUCCGGCACUUCGUCAGCAUCACUGGGACGAGAUGUCCGCGGUAGCAAAGAGGGACAUAACCCCGGAUGCCGGUACAACAUUGAGAAAAAUCAUUAGGAUGAAUCUGAUUGAUGAUAUGGAUCAAUACGAAGCGAUUAGCAACAGUGCGACUAAAGAACUGGCACUUCAAGAUCUUCUGGGCAAAAUACAACGUGAUUGGGAUGAUGUUUUCUUCACAACAACUCCCUACAAAGACACUGGAGUUGCGAUUCUUACUCAGCUCGAUGAUAUUCAAGCUUUGCUAGAGGAACAUAUAAUUAAAAUUCAAGUGAUGAGGGGCUCUGCUUUUGUUAAGCCCAUCGAGAAAGAGGUGAAGCUCUUUUAUGAUCUUCUAUUGAGGAUUCAGAGCACUAUCAAUGAAUGGACGAACGUUCAGGUCCAGUGGAUGUACCUUCUUCCCAUCUUCUCCAGCAAGGACAUCGUGGCGCAACUACCUGAAGAGGGAAUUAUGUUUCAAGAGGUUAACGCCACCUUCAGGAGUGCUAUGGCGGCUGUUGCUAGAGAACCACUUGUUAAAGAGACUGCAGGAUCGGUAGGUCUAUGCGAAACCCUGAAGCAUGCGAAUGAGCUGAUGGAGAAGGUGAAUGAGGGUGUGGCGAAUUAUUUGGAGAAGAAGAGACUGUUCUUUCCGAGAUUCUUCUUUCUGAGUAAUGACGAUAUGCUAGAAAUUCUGUCUGAGACGAAGGAUCCUUUGAGGGUACAGCCCCAUUUGAAGAAAUGUUUUGAAGGGAUUGCCAAGCUCGGAUUCAAUGAUGAAUUGGAGAUUCUCUCAAUGUUCAGUGAUGAUAAGGAAGAGGUACAAUUUCAAGAAAUGAUAUCGACGAGUGCAGCGAGGGGCUGUGUCGAGCGCUGGCUCAUUCAAGUUGAGGAGCAAAUGGUGAAAUCUAUACGUCAUGAAAUCAUGAUGAGUUAUUUCGAUUACGAGACUAAUGAGAGAGUUCAGUGGGUUCUCAUUUGGCCGGGACAGGUAAUCAUCUGCGUUUCACAGAUUUACUGGAGUAUGGAGGUGCAGAAUUGUUUGAUGACGCACACAAUGUCGAAUCUCGAGAGUUUGUACAAAAAAUUGAGGGCGCAGAUCUUUGACAUGGUGAAUCUCGUUAAAGGCCAGCUGACGAAGCAAAACCGCACAACCCUCAAUGCCCUCAUUACAAUAGAUGUGCAUGCUCAAGACGUUGUCAAGUUAUUGAUUGAUAAGGAAAUUAUUGAUGAGACGGAUUUUGAGUGGCUUGCACAGUUGAGGUACUAUUGGGAAGAAGACGCUUUGGUCAGAAUAAUCAAUGCCACUGUGCCGUAUGCUUAUGAGUAUCUCGGGAAUUGUCCCAGACUGGUUAUCACUCCGUUAACUGACAGAUGUUAUCGCACCUUAAUUGGAGCCUAUUCCCUCCACCUGAACGGCGCCCCAGAAGGUCCAGCAGGCACAGGAAAGACUGAAACCACCAAAGAUCUUGGUCGAGCAAUAGCCGUUCAAUGUGUAGUAUUCAACUGUUCAGACGGUCUCGACUACAAGAACAUGGGGAAAUUCUUCAAGGGUUUAGCGUCCUGUGGAGCGUGGGCCUGCUUCGACGAAUUCAAUCGAAUCGAGCUCGAGGUUCUUUCAGUCGUGGCUCAACAAAUCCUGUGCAUCAUCCAAGCAGUGCGAGCCCACGUCGAUACAUUCAUCUUCGAGGGAACUGAACUCAGACUCAAUCCCGCAGUCUACGUGUGCAUCACUAUGAACCCCGGAUACGCUGGGCGCUCGGAACUUCCGGACAAUCUUAAAGUCCUGUUCAGAACAGUCGCCAUGAUGGUUCCCGAUUACGCAAUGAUAGGAGAGAUUUUUCUGUAUUCCUCUGGUUUCAGUACUGCUCGAGUCCUCUCAGUCAAAAUCGUAACGACCUACAAACUCUGCUCCGAACAGUUAUCCUCUCAAUCCCACUAUGACUACGGCAUGAGAGCAGUGAAGACCGUUUUAACAGCAGCGCAGAACGUCAAGCUCAAGUAUCCGAAUGAAGACGAACUGAUUCUCUUGCUGCGAUCGAUAAUCGACGUCAAUCUCCCAAAGUUCCUCUCCCAUGACGUUCCAUUAUUCGAAGGCAUCAUCUCCGAUUUGUUUCCAGGUGUCCAACUGCCGUCCCCUAGCUACGACGUUCUGCUCAAAGCCGUAAAGAUAGCAGCCGAGAGAAAAAAUCUUCAGCCAGUCGAUGCUUUCCUCCUGAAGAUCAUUCAAACAUACGAAAUGAUGAUCGUCAGGCAUGGAUUCAUGCUCGUAGGGGAUCCUUUUGGCGGGAAAACAUCAGUUCUCCAUACACUUGCUGAUGCUCUUACUAUAAUGGAAGAGUGGGGGGAUGAUAAUGGAGCGACGACAAUAUUCACAACUGUCAAUCCAAAAUCGAUAACAAUGGGACAACUGUACGGACAGUUCGAUCCGGUUUCUUCGGAGUGGACGGAUGGAGUGUGCGCUGUUGCCUUCCGAAGGUACUGCUCUGAUGAGUCUCCAUCGAGGAAAUGGCUGAUCUUCGACGGACCGGUUGAUGCUGUGUGGAUCGAGAACCUGAACACUGUGUUGGAUGACAACAAGAAACUUUGCUUGACAUCUGGAGAAGUCAUGCAGAUGACGAAUGUUAUGUCCAUGAUCUUCGAGGCAAUGGAUCUCCUUCAAGCAUCGCCAGCGACGGUCUCACGGUGUGGGAUGAUUUAUAUCGAACCCCACGUCAUCGGCUGGAGGCCCUUCGUCGAGUCCUGGUACAAUACAUUAGACUUGACAUGGGCAGAGCCCCAAAUGGAUACUAUCAAGGAUCUUUUCAAUUGGUUGAUCGAGCCCUCUUUAGAAUUCGUGAGAAAAAGGUGUAAGAUCUCGUUAUUCUCCGGACAAAUCAAUCAAGUUGUAUCAACCAUGAAUCUCUUUCAAAUGUACAUGAAUGAUGCAGUUGAAGAGAAUGAUGACUACGAGUCAAAUGUGAUUUUCUGGAUUCAAGCAGCUAUGAUGCUUGCCGUUGUCUGGGGGAUCGGAGGAGCCCUAGAUGCAGAUUCUUUAGAAAGAUUUAAUGAAUUGUGCAUUUCUUUGUGGAAGAAUCAGGUAGAGGAGCUUCCGGUGCCGGAAAGCAUUCUUGAGGAUUUGAUCUCGUUACCAACUGAGGGCUCGAUCCACGAUAAUUUCUACACGUUCAAGGGCAAGGGAGCUUGGAAGAAUUUUGGGGAUGCUGCGAGGAUGGAAAAGAUCAUCGAAACUGCAAGCAUUGGACAAAUGAUAAUUCCUACCAUUGAUACCAUUAAAUAUCAGAGUCUUUUCUUGAAACACAUUAAGCAUCGUAAACGAUUUCUUCUCUUUGGGGAAACUGGAACCGGCAAGAGUUUUUAUAUUCAAGAUAUAAUGAUGAACAAACUUGAGGAGGAGUUCUACCUCCCAAACUUGAUCACGUUCACCGCAAAGACGUCGGCAGCGAAUGCUCAAGAGCUGGUGAUUUCGAAGCUCUACAAAAGGAGGAAAGGGCAGUUUGGGCCGAUGGUUGGAACUCACUGCAUAGUUUUUAUCGAUGAUGUUAACAUGCCGACGAAGGAGGUGUACGGAGCACAACCGGCGAUCGAACUUCUUCGACAGGUAUUCGAUCACAACUACUGGUACGAGCUGAAAGAACCUGAGAAGCUAUUGAUCUAUGACACCAUGUUCGUUUGCGCUAUGGGACCACCAGGAGGCAGCAGGCAGGAGAUCUAUCAUCGAUUUCUUCGGCACUUUAAUCUCUAUUCGAUCAAUAAUUUCUCAGACGAAAGUGUCACCAAGAUCUUUACGAAUCUCGCUUUGGUUGGGCUCAAACGAAAUGGCUUCGCUGCGGAUGUGAUGUCCAUAGUUAUAAGUCUUGUAAAUGCCACGUUAGACGUAUUUAAAAGUGCCGGUGAAUUUUUAAGACCCACUCCUGCAAAAUCUCAUUAUCUGUUCAAUUUGAGGGAUUUCUCGAGGGUCAUCAGGGGCUGUGCAAUGAUCAAGAAAGAGUCUGUGGAGUCCAAGACUACUUUCACAAGACUCUGGGUUCAUGAGAUAUUGCGAGUGUUUGGAGAUCGAUUAAUCGAUCAAUCAGACCGACAGUGGCUUUUCAAACAAGUAAAGGAUACGGUCCAGAGAAUCAUAAGAGAGAACUUCGAAGUUGUAUUUGAACAUUUACCAAAGGAUAAUGAUCAAAUCAAUGAAGUAAGUCUUCAAAAUCUAAUAUUUGGAAAUUUUAUGGAUCCAGAUGCCAUUCAAGAGGACAAGAGGUACGAGGAAGUGGCUUCGAUGGAAGAGUUCAAGAAUGUCGCGACAUUGAGUCUCGAGGAUUACAACACGACUCACAGAAAUAAGAUGGACAUUGUCCUGUUUCGAUAUGCGUUAGAGCAUUUGGCGCGGGUCUGCAGAAUUCUCGCAAUUCCAGGUGGAAGUUUACUAAUGGUUGGCGUUGGAGGUUCUGGCCGACAAUCCCUAACAAGACUAGCCUCAAACAUGGCAGGUUGCGGUCUCUUCCAGCCGGAAAUAGGUAGUGCCUACGGGGUAAGCGAAUGGCGAGAGGACAUAAAAGGCGUUUUAAAACGUUCCGGGGGUGUGCAAAAGGACCUAGUCUUCCUGAUAACAGAAGGUCAAAUAAAAGAAGAGGCUUUCCUCAGCGACAUCGACAGUCUCCUCAACGCCGGUGAAGUGCCCAAUCUCUUCACAAUAGAGGAAAGACAGGAAGUCAUCGAAAUGUGUCGCUUGGCAGCCCAAGGUGGCAACCGAAAUCUCGAUAUCUCCGUUCUCUCUGUCUUAUCAUUCUUCGUUAAUCAGUGCAAAGAAAAAUUGCACUUGAUGCUUUGCUUCAGUCCAAUCGGCGACUCAUUCAGAACUCGUUUGCGGAUGUAUCCCAGUCUUGUCAAUUGCUGUACCAUAGACUGGUUCGAGAUAUGGCCAGAAGAUGCUCUAGAACAGGUUGCUGUCAGAUUCACUACCGAUAUCAAUGUCGAAGAUGAGGUGAAAGUGAAUGCUGUGGUUGCGUGCAAGUAUUUCCAUAUAUGCGCUAAAGAGAUGAGUGAAGAUUUCUAUCAAGCCAAGGGACGAAAAACUUACGUAACGUCCGCGGCUUUCCUCGAUUUGAUACGAAGUUACGCCGAUCUGAUGCAGGAGAAGCAAGAGGAGCUCACACUGGCCAGGGAUCGGUAUCUGGGGGGAUUGGAGAAACUGGCAUUUGCUGCCGAACAAAUAUCAAAAAUGAAGAUCACUCUGGUGGCGUUGAGGCCAGAACUUGAGAGAUCUGCCAAACUGACUGCUGAUACUAUGCAGAAGAUCGAGAAGGAGAAUGUGAUUGUUGAGAAAGCCACGAUGAAGGUCAAGAGGGAUGAGGAUGCUGCCAAUGUUCAGGCCAAGGUCGCCGGGGCUUUAAAGGCUGAGUGUGAGGCCGAUCUUGAAGAAGCUAUGCCUGUUCUCAAUGAGGCCAUCGCUGCCCUGGAUACACUCAAACCUGCGGAUAUCGCCAUGGUGAAGACCAUGAAAAAUCCACCCGAGACUGUUAAACUGGUUAUGGCGGCUGUUUGUGUUAUGUUGAGUGUUCAGCCUGAAAAGGUUUUAGAUACAAGCACUGGCAAGACCAAGAUGGAUUAUUGGAAGGCUGCUCAAAGGAUUCUUAGUGACAUCAAGUUUUUGGAGAAUUUGAAGACUUAUGAUAAGGAGAAUAUUUCCAUUGAGACAAUACAGACAAUAAAGAAGACGUAUCUGUCCAAUGCAAGUUUCGAUCCAAAAAUCGUAGCAAAAGCCUCUUCAGCAGCGGAGGGUCUCUGCAAAUGGGUAAGAGCGAUGGUAUUGUACGAUAAAGUUGCCCGAGAAGUGGCGCCUAAAAAAGCAGCACUGGCUUCCGCCGAAAAAGAUUACAUGGACACAAUGACAUUUUUGGAUGAACAGCGAAAGAUGUUGAUAGAGUUGAAUGAAAAGUUGGCAUUGCUGAGAGAAGACCUUGAUAGAACAAUAGAGAAAAAAAUAGCUCUGGAGAAUCAGGUGAUAACAUGUAGAAAUCAACUGACUAGGGCGGAGAAGUUAAUCAAUGGACUGGGUGGUGAGAAGGACCGUUGGAUGAGUUCGGCAAAAAGUCUCCAAAGGGCAUAUGAUACACUACCCGGAGAUAUUCUCAUUUCCUGCGGCAUCAUUGCCUAUCUCGGUCCAUUCAUAACUUCCUACCGAGUUGAGUAUGUGGACAAGUGGAAAGUUUACGUUGAAAAUUUGAAGAUUCCCUGCUCCGGGGAGUUCAACUUUGUCACAGUUUUGGGAUCUGAGAUUAAAAUCAACUCGUGGAAUAUAUUCGGAUUGCCCAGAGACAGUUUCUCAACUGAGAAUGGUAUCAUUAUGGAUAAUUCUAAGCGAUGGAGUCUGUUUAUUGAUCCGCAGAGUCAAGCGAAUAAGUGGAUUAGAAAUAUGGAGAAGGCAAGUGAAUUGGAAGUUGUCAAGUUGACGGAUAAAAAUUAUAUGGACAUUAUGGAACAAUGCGUUGAAUUUGGAAAGCCGAUUUUAAUCGAAAACAUUGCUGAAGACCUUGAUGCUCCCCUCGAUCCGAUCCUCACAAAAAAUACGUACAAAAUCUUCGGAGCCCUGUAUAUCACCCUCGGGGAAAAAACUAUUCAAUAUGACGAGAGAUUUCGCCUGUAUAUGACCACUAAGUACCGCAAUCCCCACUAUCUUCCCGAGGUCUUUAAUAAAGUCACUCUAAUAAACUUUGCACUGACGAUUGAAGGCCUGGAAGAUCAACUCCUGGGGAUAGUUGUGGCGAAAGAGCGCCCCGACCUUCAGAAAAAACGGGAGUUCCUAAUCGUCGAAGGAGCUGCGAAUCGAAAAGCCCUCAAAGGCGUCGAGGAUAGUAUUCUAAAAACCCUAGCAACAUCCGGCGCGGCAAUCCUAGAUGAUGAGGAAGCUAUCGAGAUACUCGACUCUUCGAAACUUCUUUCCACCGAUAUAAUGAAGAAGCAAGAAGCUGCCAAACGGACGGAAAAAAAAAUCGAGGAGUUCCGCCAGAGUUACAGACCAAUAGCCAAACACAGCUCUUCAUUAUAUUACACAGUAACCGAUCUCCCCAGCAUCGACCCGAUGUACCAAUAUUCACUCUCGUGGUUCAUCAACCUUUACAUCAUGUCCAUAGAUACAGCAAACAAGAGUAAAAUACUUGAGCAACGAUUGAUGUAUCUACGAGACACAUUUACAUACAAUCUCUACCAAAAUGUCUGCAGAUCGCUCUUAGAAAAAGAUAAAGUUCUCUACUCAUUUUUGUUACAUACAACAAUUUUACUUGCCGAACAGAAAAUAAUAAAAUCAGAGUUGAUGUUUUUUUUGUCCGGGGGCAUUGUCGUGGGUAAAACUCCGGACAAUCCUGCGGCUGAUUGGCUUCCAGAUAAAUCGUGGGAGGAAAUAUCGAGGGUGGGCCAACUUCCGCCUUUCGCUAACUUUGCAAAAAACUUUGAGACACAUUUGAACGACUGGAAAGAACUCUAUGACUCGAUGUCGCCUGAGAAAUCGAAAUAUCCAGAGCCCUGGGAGUCGACAUUAUCAGAUUUUCAGAAAUUAAUUGUUCUGAGGAUGCUGAGACCGGACAAAAUAACUCUCAAGGUAAUCCAAUUUGUGGAGAAGGGGAUGGGCCGUAAAUUCGUUAUCCCACCAAGCUUCGAUCUAGCUAAAUCGUACGCAGACUCGAUGUGCCUAGUUCCUCUCAUAUUUAUCCUAUCUCCUGGCUCGGAUCCCAUGGGGGCCCUGUCCAAUUUCGCUGAGAACAUGGAUUAUACUUCAAGGUUUACAUCAAUAUCUCUGGGUCAAGGACAGGGGCCCAUUGCGAAGAGAAUGGUGGAACAUGCACAGAACACUGGCUCAUGGGUAUGUCUCCAGAAUUGUCAUCUGGCUGUCUCGUGGAUGCCUGUCCUGGAAAAGAUCUGCGAGAACUUUGAUAUGACAAAUACAUCGAUCAACUUUCGCCUCUGGUUAACGAGCUAUCCCUCUGAUAAAUUUCCCAUCUCUGUACUGCAAAGUGGCGUCAAGAUGACCAACGAACCACCAACCGGUUUGCAGCAGAAUCUCAUGAGAUCUUACACAUCAGAACCAGUUAAAAAUCCGGAAUUCUUUGAAGGCUGCCCAAGGAAGGAGAAGAUAUUCACAAGGCUACUUUAUGGUCUCUGUUUCUUUCAUGCUCUAGUUCAAGAGAGAAGAAAUUACGGUGCACAAGGAUGGAAUAUAAGAUACGGAUUUAACGAAUCUGACUUUCAAAUUUCUGUUCAGCAGCUGCAAAUUUUUAUCAAUGAGUCUCAACAGGUUCCUUUCAAAGCUAUCAAGUAUCUUACUGGAGAGUGCAAUUAUGGAGGGAGAGUCACAGAUGAUAGGGAUAGACGAUGUCUCAAUACGAUUUUACUCGAUUUUUAUAAUAUGGAGGUCAUUGAAGACGUUAAUUACAGCUUCUCCGGCAUGGGGAGUGAAUAUACAUUGCCCAGAAGGCUUGGUUAUCGUGAUUAUAUAAGACAAAUUGAGGGUAUCCCCAUGAAUCCGCCUCCGGAAGUGUUCGGCCUCCACAUGAAUGCGGGAAUUACAAGAGAUUUGGAGGUGUCGAAAAUGUUUUUCGAUUCAAUGUUACAAAUUCAGGGAACCGUGACCGUGGGAGACACCUCAAAACAGGAUGAAUUAUUAUUAACAAUGAAGAGGGACAUUUAUAAUCGUUUGCCAAAUCUGUUUGAUCUUGAGGAGGCACAGAAAAUUUACCCGGUGUCCUACAUGGAAUCCAUGAAUACGGUUUUAAUCCAGGAGAUGGAACGGUAUAACACCCUUUUGAGAGCGAUGCGAGGGUCAUUACGGAUGCUGGAAAAAGCUGUUCAGGGAAUGAUUGUGAUGACACCAGAAUUAGAGGUCCUCUCUCAAAACAUGAUGAACGGGAAAAUCCCGCCGACGUGGAUCAAAGCGAGUGCCUACCCUACUCUGAAGCCCCUGUCGAGUUUCAUUGCCGACUUCCUAAAGCGCCUAGAAUUUUUCCAAGACUGGUUGACAAACGGAAAGCCCACGACCUUUUGGGUUUCCGGUUUCUCUUUUGUCCAUGCCUUUCUCACUGGGGCAAUGCAGAAUUACGCGAGAAAAUACAAAAUUUCCAUCGACAAACUGGACUUUGAUUUCGAGGUAAUCAAAGCCUAUCAAUUAGAUGAAUCACCUGAGGACGGUGUCUACGUAUAUGGAAUGUACCUGUCAGGUGGCAGAUGGGACAUUGGUACAAUGCAUCUAACCGAGAGUUACCCUAAAGUCCUCUGGGAUUCACUGCCCAUUGUAUGGUUCAAGCCCACAGUAGCAACUUUAAUUGAGAUAGGAACACGAUACGAGUGCCCAUUAUACAUAACAUCCGCGAGAUUUGGUACUCUCAAAACAACUGGUCAUUCAACUAAUUACGUCUUAAUGAUUCUGCUUGAUACCGUGUUACCCGUGAACCACUGGAUCAAACGUGGACUUGCACUACUCUGCCAAUUAGAUGAUUAAAGCUAUGAUAAACUCAAUUAGACCGCUUGCUGCAGUUCACGUAAUGCAUUUAAAUCUUUAAAAAACUUAUUUCCCUUCAAAGUUUAUGUUGCAUACGGGGGGUCUAGUCUGGCAGUGGGCCUUCAACAUAUGCCAGG